ACACAAGUACUGCUGUACGUUGUCUUUCCAAUGGCUGCACGACUGACAGCGCUUGUUACAGGAGGAGCCUCGGGUCUCGGACGUGCAACGGCUCUCAAUCUGGCGGCUCGUGGCAUGGGUGUCGUGGUGGCGGACAUCACCAACGAGACAGAAUUUGAAGACAGCAACAUCAGAUACGCCCAAACAGAUGUCACGAGCGAGACAGAUGUGACUCGAGCGCUGGACCUGGCGAGAGCCGAGUUCGGAUCGACCCCCUUCGUCGCGGUUAACUGCGCCGGCAUCGGCUACGCGAAACGCACCAUCUCAAGCCAAGGCGAACCGCACGACUUGGCCGGCUUCUUGCGAGUGAUGAACGUUAACGCAGUCGGAUCCUUCAACGUGCUGCGACUCGCGGCGAUGCGGAUGAUGGAGACUGCCGCCGACGAAGAAGGUCAAAGAGGCAUAAUAAUCAACACCGCAAGCAUCGCAGCUUACGAGGGACAGGUGGGACAGGCAGCUUAUGCCGCGUCAAAGGGUGCCAUCGUUUCCAUGACGCUCCCAUGUGCUCGAGACCUUGCCGCCUCUGGGAUUCGAGUGUGUGCCAUCGCACCAGGGCUGUUCAUGACACCUCUUCUCGAGGGUCUUCCGGACCUCGUGCGGACCCAGCUUGCGUCUACUGUGCCCAAUCCACCGCGGUUGGGCCGGGCGGAAGAAUUCGCACAUCUCGUGGGGAGCAUUAUCGACAACAAAAUGCUGAACGGAGAGGUCAUUAGACUGGACGGAGCGCUGCGGAUGGGACCUUGAGGCGGCGGCUGACCAUUCCAUAAAACACAUCUCGUCACUUUACAAGCAAAGCAGCAGGCUUCGUUUGCAAAGUCGGGGGUUGCGGUGUCCAAGGACAUCACGGCAGACUCGGGGGGUGGUUGAGAAGCGCCCACGUGUAAAUGAUCGUCGGAUGUCAUACCCAUAACUCCCUGUAUUUUUCGUUUCAUUGCGCUUGGUUUCGGUGUUCAUGUACGCUCUCUCGUCUGUGAGGUCAGCGUGGAAGACUCGUGUUGUUUAUUUUUGCGUGGCCCCGUUCCGGCUUAGACAGCUGCGUCAGAGAGGAGCCAAAAGGUGCGUCUGGAGCGUUUUGAAGAGCAGGGGGUCUGAGACGCACAACUAUUGUGGCUUCUAUGCAUACGCGUGAUGUUUUCAGAACUUUUGGUUUUGGCUUGUUUGAAGACCCAGGGGCCUUGUGAUCAUUGUUGAGCGUAGGUACCUUCUUGUGCUUUCGUCCGAAGGGUAUCGUGCGUCUGCCGCAUCCGUCGUGCGUUCCGCGAGAAACAACUAUAUUUGGAUCCUUCAUCUGUUCUCCAACGACGACCGGCAGCAAGUAGUGCAAACCACGUGAUAGAACAUGCAGGAGUGGUGCAUUCGUCAUGUUUAUCGAGGCGGGUGUUCAGUACGUCAAAGUAAGCAGGGACGGAAUUCCUAGAAGACACGCUUGGUGCAGGUGCAACGCGAUGAUGCUUUGGGUUGACAGGUGCUUAUUGUGACGUUGCUGUGGUGUAUCAUGCGAUUAAAUGUAUUUAGUAGAGUCUAGAUGAGCAAUAGUGGUGUGCGUGUGCUUUGUUCGAGUUUUCACUCACCCCUGCAAGUGCAGCGGCUAUUAUUUUGAGUCAAAGAGUAUUGGCAUUUCCCAGGGAGGCAUCGUCGUGCGUCAACCGCGCGAACCACUUGCAUGAUUUUGUUCCGAGGGGGGGGGGGAUUUCGUUGCGUUGGGAAUAUAUAUUUCAUGUGGCAGGCGUGUUGAAGAAACAAGAGAAUAGAAAACUGAUCGAUGAAGUUAUUGAGUCAAAUCGGUACAUGUCGGACGACAAGCGUGAGAGCAUCAGAUCGCAACACAAUUCUCUUUUGCCGUGAUCACGGUUCUCAGAUUCAAUUUGGGGCGUGAAAACCAGCAUGAGGUGUGAGCGGCAUUGUUGUCUAGUUGGACACCCCUUGAACGGCGAAUAAUUGUGUGAGGCGAAACUAAAAUAUAAUAGGGGUCAACACUGCU